AACAUGACGAGUCAAGGAUUUGGCAUUGAAGGAGCUGCAUAAAUGCAUGGCCCUGCAGCCGCUCAGGGCCUUCCUGCAGAGCUCCUCUCUGCUCGGCCUCCUCUGGAUCAGACCCCUCUCUAUCAAGGGCUCCUCUGCCAUGGAUAUGACUUGGUUUCUGUGUCUGUGUGUGUUUUUGGCCGUGGUCCUGGCUUUGUUGGCGCUGCAGUUGAAGCUCAGGGUGUUGUCGCGUGGCCCCCGGGAGCCCCCCCACCUCCCAGCACUUCCACUCAUCGGCAGUCUGCUGAGUUUGAGGAGCCCUCACCCUCCUCAUGUGCUCUUCAAAGAACUGCAGGGGAAAUACGGACCGACGUACUCUCUGAUGUUGGGCUUCCACCGUGUCGUCGUCGUCAACCAGCAUGUGCACGCUAAACAAGUCCUGCUGAAGAAGGGAAAGAUAUUUGCAGGAAGACCCAGAACUGUAACCACAGAUGUUUUGACCAGAGAUGGGAAAGACAUCGCAUUUGGAGACUACAGUGCCACAUGGAGAUUCCACAGGAAAAUUGUCCACGGAGCUCUAUGCAUGUUUGGAGAGGGCUCCACCUCCAUUGAGAAGAUCAUCAAUGCAGAGGCCCAGUCUCUGUGCUCCGUCCUGUCUGAGGCCACGGCCGCUGGACUGGCCCUGGAUCUGUCUCCGGAGCUGACUCGGGCCGUCACUAACGUCAUCUGUUCGCUCUGCUUCAACUCCUCCUACCGCCGGGGGGACCAGGAGUUUGAAGCCAUGCUGCGCUACAGCCAGGGCAUCGUGGACACCGUGGCAAAGGACAGCCUGGUGGACAUCUUCCCCUGGUUACAGAUUUUUCCUAAUGCGGACCUUCAGCUCCUAAAGCAGUGUGUUUCAACCAGAGACAAACUUCUACAGAAGAAAUAUGAUGAACACAAGGCAGACUACAGUGACCAUGUACAGAGGGACCUGCUGGACGCUCUGCUGAGAGCCAAACGCAGCGCUGAGAACCAUAACACGGCAGACAUCGACGGUGAGUCUGUGGGCCUCAGCGACGACCACCUCCUCAUGACUGUAGGGGACGUCUUUGGAGCCGGAGUGGAAACCACCAGCACCGUGCUCAAAUGGGCCAUCGCCUACCUCAUCCAUCACCCGCAAGUGCAGAGGCGUAUCCAGGAGGAGCUGGACAGCAAGGUGGGGGGGGACAGGUGCCCCCAGCUCAGUGACAGAGGCAGCCUGCCCUACCUGGAGGCCACCAUCAGGGAGGUGUUACGAAUCCGCCCAGUGGCCCCUCUGCUCAUCCCCCAUGUGGCCCUUAGUGACACCAGCAUCGGGGAUUUCACAGUGAAGAAAGGAACUCGAGUUAUCAUCAACCUUUGGUCUCUGCACCACGAUGAGAAGGAAUGGAAAAACCCUGAACUCUUUGACCCUGGUCGGUUCCUGAACAGCGAAGGCACAGGUCUGAUCAUCCCGUCGUCCAGCUACCUGCCAUUUGGUGCCGGGGUUAGGGUGUGUCUUGGUGAGGCCUUGGCCAAGAUGGAGCUCUUUCUCUUCCUGUCAUGCAUCCUACAGCGCUUCACCCUCUCAGUCCCACCAGACCACUCUCUGCCCAGUCUGGAGGGCAAGUUUGGUGUGGUCCUCCAGCCGGCCAGGUACAAGGUGAACGCAAUGCCUCGACCAGGCUGGGAAAGCAACAAGUGCACGGCGUGUUGAGAAUGGCCGCAUGUUCUCAGCAACACUGGCUCUCAUUUGGGACCUGAGAGUCUGCACGCUGGCAGAUGAUCAAGCUUGUAGCAGUGAACUGGACAUUACAUAACAUCUCUUUGUAUGCAUAACAUGUAUUAUUAUUUCUUCACAAUGUAACACAAUCUCAACCAACACUUCCUCCGUACAUUAUUUAUAAAUAAAAUUU